GUUUAUUUCAAGACGCCAUUCCGUGCGCGUUGGCAUUCUGCUCGCAGUCAUUUAUUCGGCGGGCGCGCCCACAUUAGAUUAGAUCGACAUUAGUGCGUUCCGCUCGGCGAUCGGCAGAGAUCGAUCGGAAAUAAACAAACGCUCGCGUAUUUACAUAAUUUAAGUGCAAAGUAACGACGACAGAAUGACGAACACCGAUGUGCGAAAGAGAAAACUGGCCACGGACGAGAAGCCACCGCGGCGGAAAAACAGUGGAUCACCAAAUGCCAGCAGUGGCGGAAACCGCGGGCCCAGCGGCCUCAAGAUCUCCUUCCUGUGCCUGGUCAUCUCCGUCAUCCUCCUGCUCUUUGUCUUCGGUGUGUACCACUUGUAUUAUGUCAAAAACGAAGUUCCCAAAGUUGUACUAACCAAACCAUCUGAUUUUCCCACUGUUACCGUGUCCUACGCCCAUGUGGAACCCCAUUUUCCGCCACCCGUUCGCCAUGUUCUCACUAAAAAACCCAACACGAAUCAACCAACGCCUGACCAUGAUGCAGGCUUCGUCUCCGAGAACGCCAGUCCGUAUCUGGCCCGUCUGGCCUCCAAGUUUGGCUACAGCAAGGUGCAGUAUGCGGCCAUCAUCGAUGCCGGGUCCACGGGCAGCCGUGUGCUGGCCUACAAGUUCAAUCGCAGCUUCAUCGACAACAAGCUGGUGCUGUACGAGGAGCUGUUCAGGGAGCGCAAGCCGGGUUUGAGCUCCUUUGCGGAUAAUCCUGCCGAGGGUGCCCACUCCAUCAAACUGCUGCUGGACGAGGCCCGCGCCUUCAUACCCAAGGAGCACUGGUCAUCCACACCGCUGGUUCUGAAAGCGACAGCCGGCCUGAGACUCCUGCCCGCCAGCAAGGCGGAAAACAUACUGAAUGCCGUCCGAGAUCUCUUCGCCAAAUCCGAGUUUAGUGUCGAUAUGGAUGCCGUCGAGAUCAUGGACGGCACGGACGAGGGCAUCUUCAGCUGGUUUACCGUGAACUUCCUGCUGGGCCGCCUGUCCAAGACGAACCAGGCAGCUGCCCUGGACUUGGGCGGCGGUAGCACGCAGGUUACCUUCUCGCCAACGGAUCCGGACCAGGUGCCCGUGUACGACAAGUACAUGCACGAGGUGGUGACCUCCAGCAAGAAGAUCAACGUCUUCACGCACAGCUAUCUGGGACUGGGUCUGAUGGCCGCCCGUCAUGCCGUCUUCACGCACGGCUACAAGAAGGAGGAUUCGGUGCUGGAGAGCGUCUGCGUGAAUCCCAUAAUCGCCAAUCGUACAUGGACAUACGGCAAUGUGCAGUACAAGGUCAGCGGCAAGGAGAACGGCAAGUCCAGUGCCGAGCAGCCCAUCGUGGACUUCGAUGCCUGUCUGGAGCUGGUCAAGAGCAAGGUGAUGCCGCUGGUCAAGCCCAAGCCCUUCACUCUCAAGCAGCACGCGGUGGCCGCGUUCAGCUACUACUUUGAGCGCGCCAUCGAGUCGGGUCUGGUGGAUCCGCUGGCUGGUGGCGAAACAACUGUGGAGGCUUACCGCAAGAAGGCACAGGAGAUCUGCGCCAUCCCCAACGAUGAGCAGCCCUUCAUGUGCUUCGACCUUACCUUUAUAUCGACGCUGCUGCGCGAAGGAUUUGGCCUCAACGAUGGCAAGAAGAUUAAGCUUUACAAGAAGAUAGAUGGCCACGAAAUCUCUUGGGCCCUCGGCUGUGCAUACAACGUUUUGACUAGCGACGAGAAAUUCAGUAAUUCCUAAUGCUCCUCCAUUAGUCCGUAGUUGAUGACAUACAUUUUAAAAGGAUUGUUAGCUGAAAUUGUUUAUAGAGUGCCUUAGACGUGCAUCGAGUAUACUACAAUCACAAUACACACCAGACACAGCUCACACACAGCACACACACACCCAGAAACACUCGGACAUUGCCUACAUAUGUGGUCGAUUAAUAUUUGUUUGUGCUCUGUAACAUUCGUUUCAAUUGCCUCUAAUUGAGCUAGCCCACACGGUGACUACACUUAGCGUUUAGUUUGUAAUUCCAAUUUUGUGUGAUUCGCCAUAUUCGUAAUGCAACUUUUGCCAACUUCUUAACUAAUUAGUCCUUACACCCGUAUCCUCAUGUACAUAAAUUUACACAUUGAUAUGUAUUUACCUAAUAUGUAUAACGACCUAGACUACUAGCGCAAACAUUUCACUUGGUUUUUCACACAUGCAAAUGUUAGUUUAGUUAUUUUUGCAAAUAAAUCAAAUGUUAACUGAUCUGAA